UCGUGUGCAAACUCUGUGCAAGAACGACAGCAAAGUACGAGAAGGAACUUUCUGGAACGAAAGAGGAGGACGAGCCACAACGUCAACUUGUGGACGCUGUUCGCAUGCAGCCUCGUGUUGUGUUCCACAGAGCAGAGCGGAAAGUGUUGCGAUCGUCGUGUGAAAAUGUGUGCAAGGAGGACAGCAGAGUACGAGGAGGAACUUUGUGGCCCAAAAGAGGAGAAGGAGCCACAACGUCAACUACUGGACGCUGCGUUCAAUCUGCAGCCUCGAAUUGUGCUACGCAGAGCAGACGUCAGUGAAAAUCUUCAUCCUGAGCGGCAGCAGUCAGUGUCCCAUCACAUCAAAGAGGAAGAGGAGGAUGAAGAGGUUCAACACAUCAAAGAGGAGGAGGAAGAGUUGCUUCACAUUAAAGAGGAAGAGCAGGAGGAAAUCAUCAAGGUUCCAUCGACUGGUGUCCCUUUGAAGAGUGAAGAUGAAGGUCGAAGUGAGGAGAGACGAGGGGCGGAGCCACCAAACAGCAACAGCUCAAGUGAUGGAGACCACUGUGGAGGAUCACAAACAGACGGUGAUGAUGAUGAUGAUGAUGAACAGUUGGAAGGUGAUAUGACAUGUCACACUGCCAAUAAAUGCUGGAAAUGUUCUAAAUGUAGGAAAACCUUUGCUUAUAAGAGGAAUUUCAAACAACACAUGAAAAUACACACUGGUGAGAAGCCUUUUGCAUGCCCAGUUUGUGGUCAAAGAUUCUCUCAGAAGGGAACCUUAAAAAUACACACAAGAACACACACUGGUGAGAAACCUUUUGCAUGCCCAGUUUGUGGUCAAACCUUCUCUCAGAAGGGAACCUUAAAAAUACACACAAGAACACACACUGGUGAGAAACCUUUUGCAUGCUCAGUUUGUGGUCAAAGAUUCUCCCAAAAGGAAAGCUUAAAAAUACACACAAGAACACACACUGGAGAGAAGCCUUUUGCAUGCUCAGUUUGUGGUCAAAGAUUCUCUCACAAGGGAUAUUUGACACGUCACGCAAGAACACACACAGGUGAGAAACCUUUUGCCUGCUCAGUUUGUGGUCAAAGAUUCUCUCACAAGGAAAGCUUAAAAAUACACACACGAACCCACACUGGUGAGAAACCUUUUGCAUGCCCAGUUUGUGGUCAAAGAUUCUCUCAAAAGGGAUAUUUAACACGUCAUGCAAGAACACACACUGGAGAGAAACCUUUUGCAUGCCCAGUUUGUGGUCAAAGAUUCUCUCACAAGGGAUAUUUGACAGGUCACGCAAGAACACACACUGGAGAGAAACCUUUUGCCUGCUCAGUUUGUGGUCAAAGGUUCUCCCGAAAGGAAAGCUUAAAAAUACACACAAGAACACACACUGGUGAGAAACCUUUUGCAUGCUCAGUUUGUGGUCAAAGAUUCUCUCACAAGGGAUAUUUGACAGGUCACGCAAGAACACACACUGGAGAGAAGCCUUUUGCAUGCCCAGUUUGUGGUCAAAGAUUCUCCCUAAAGAAAAGCUUAAAAAUACACACAAGAACACACACUGGAGAGAAACCUUUUCCAUGCUCAGUUUGUGGUCAAAGAUUCUCCCUAAAGGAAAGCUUAAAAAUACACACAAGAACACACACCAGAGAGAAACCUUUUGCAUGCCCAGUUUGUGGUCAAAGAUUCUCUCACAAGGGAUAUUUGACAGGUCACGCAAGAACACACACUGGAGAGAAGCCUUUUGCAUGCCCAGUUUGUGGUCAAAGAUUCUCCCUAAAGAAAAGCUUAAAAAUACACACAAGAACACACACUGGUGAGAAACCUUUUGCAUGCCCAGUUUGUGGUCAAAGAUUCUCUGUGAAGAGAUACUUAACAAUACACACAAGAACACACACUGGUGAGAAGCCUUUUGCAUGCCCAGUUUGUGGUCAAAGAUUCUCUGUGAAGAGAUACUUAACAAUACACACAAGAACACACACUGGAGAGAAACCUUUUCCAUGCUCAGUUUGUGGUCAAAGAUUCUCCCUAAAGGAAAGCUUAAAAAUACACGCAAGAACACACACUGGAGAGAAGCCUUUUUCCUGCUCAGGUUGUGGUCAAAGAUUCUCUCGUAAGGCUCGGGUUAAGACACACAAGUGUCCUGGUGAGACAAGCAGUGAUCAAGAAGCUUUUAAUGCAAAUGUAAAUGUUUAAUAUAAAAGUAAUUACUAUGUUACUGACAGAAAUCUACAUGCUUGUAUUCUGUGUACCAGCUUUUAUUGUAUGUAUCUUCUUCUUGUCCAUAUAGUUUCUAAAAGCCCCGUGAGUGUUAAGAAUGAACGCCCAGACUUCCCUUUCCCCAGCCACUUCAUCCAUCUCUUCCGGGGGGAUCCCGAGGCGUUCCCAGGCCAGCCGAAGGAUGCAGUCUCUCCAGCAUGUCCUGGGUCGUCCCCGGGGUCUCCUCCCGGUGGGACGUGCCCGGAACGCCUCACCAGGGAGGCGUCCGGGAGGCAUCCGAAUCAGAUGCCCCAGCCAUCUCAUCUGGCUCCUCUCGAUAUGAAGGAGCAACGGCUCUACUUUGAGAUCCUCCCGGAUGAGCGAGCUUCUCACCCUAUCUCUAAGGGAGACGACCCACAGCUCUUGACCAUAGGUGAGGGUAGGAACCUAAAUCGACCGGUAAAUCGAGAGCUUCACCUUUCGGCUUAGCUCCUUCUUUACCACAACGGAUCGAUACAAAGUCCUUAUCACUGCAGACGCUGCACCGAUCCACCUGUCGAUCUCCCGUUCCAUUCUUCCCUCACUCGUGAACAAGACCCCAAGAUACUUGAACUCCUCCACUUGGGGCAGGAUCUCAUCCCCGACCUGGAGAGGGCACGUGACCCUUUUCCGACUGAGGACCACGGUCUCAGAUUUGGAGGUGCUGAUUCUCAUCCCAGCCGCUUCACACUCGGCUGCGAACUGCUCCAGUGAGAGUUGGAGGUCACAGCUUGAUGAAGACAACAGAACCACAUCAUCUGCAAAAAGCAGAGAUGCAAUACUGAGGCCACCAAACCGGACCCCCUCUACGCCUCGGCUGCGCCUAGAAAUUCUGUUCAUAAAAGUUAUGAACAGAAUCGGUGACAAAGGGCAGCCUUGGCGGAGUCCAACCCUCACCGGAAACGAGUCCGACUUAGUGGCGGAUAUGCGGACCAAACUCUGACUCCGGUCGUACAGGGACCGAACAGCCCGUAUCAGGGGGUUCAGUACCCCAUACUCCCGAAGCACCCUCCACAGGACUCCCCGAGGGACACGGUCGAACGCCUUCUCCAAGUCCACAAAACACAUGUAGACUGGUUGGGCGAACUCCCAUGCACCCUCGAGGAACCUGCCAAGGGUGUAGAGCUGGUCCACUGUUCCACGGCCAGGACGAAAACCACACUGCUCCUCCUGAAUCUGGGAUUCAACUUCCCGACGGACCCUCGUCUCCUGCACCCCUGAAUAGACCUUACCAGAGAGAAUGAGGAGUGUGAUCCCCCUGUAGUUGGAACACACCCUCUGGUCCCCCUUCUUAAAAAGGGGGACCACCACCCCAGUCUGCCAAUCCAGAGGCACUGUCCCCGAUGUCCACGCGAUGUUGCAGAGGCGUGUCAACCAGGACAGCCCUACAACAUCCAGAGCCUUGAGGAACUCCGGGCGAAUCUCAUCCACCCCCGGGGCCCUGCCACCGAGGAGCUUUUUAACCACCUCGGUGACCUCAACCCCAGAGAUAGGAGAGCCCACCUCAGAGAACCCAGACUCUGCUCCCUCAUGGGAAUGCGUGUCGGUGGAAUUGAGGAGGUCUUCGAAGUAUUUUCCCCACCGGCUCACAACGUCCCGAGUCGAGGUCAGCAGCGCCCCAAACCCACUAUACACAGUGUUGAUGGUGCACUGCUUUCCCCUCCUGAGACGUCGGAUGGUGGACCAGAAUUUCCUCGAAGCCGUCCGGAAGUCUUUCAGAAUCAGAAUCAGAAUCAGAAUCAUCUUUAUUUGCCAAGUAUGUCCAAAACACACAAGGAAUUUGUCUCCGGUAGUUGGAGCCGCUCUAGUACAACAGACAGUCAAUUUACAGAACACUUUGGAGACAUAAAGACAUUAACAAAAAACAACAACAAACAACAAUUGUGCAAAAAGAUGCAGAGUCCUCAGUUCGAAUGGCUAAUAUCGCAAUAGUCCGGUGCAAUGACCAUUGUGCAAAGGGCACUGAGACUUCAAGUGUAUGCGGUUUAAAGUGACGAGUAGUGCGAUAAUCUGGGACAAUGGUUGUGCAAAUGUUACAGAUACUCCUCAAUCAGUGUGCAAAUGGAGCAGAUACUACUCUGGCAUGAGUGGCCACUAUAUGCAAAUAGUGCAGCACGGCGAGACAACUACAGUGAGUGCACGAGUAAUACAUAAUACAGAAAUGUGACAACGAACUCAAGUCAAAAAAUUGCCAGCUUGUUGUAAUGGAAUUGUAAGUUAGCUGUUCAAGAAGUUGAUUGCAAGAGGGAAGAAGCUGUUGGAAUGUCUACUAGUUCUAGUUUGCAUUGAUCGGUAGCGCCUACCUGAGGGAAGGAGCUGGAAGAGCUGGUGACCAGGG